AUGCCGCAGCAGAAAUCGUUCCUGGAAAUAACGAGACCGUUGCGUUACAUGAACAUCAUGACCGGAGUUGGUUGCUUCGACCUCUCCGAGGGGAAACAUACGUGGUGGCGACUCGCAGAGAUCGCGUACACGACCUUGUAUUCCGUGUUAGUCGUCGUUCUUUCGUACCAGGUUCACGCGAAGCUGUUGAUCUAUCACAUUCCAAUUGAAGUGCAUUCGGCCAUGUGCAUGAUGUUCUUUUACUGGACUGUCGUACUGUCGAUUUUACUGAUGCUCACGGCUAGGAUCAAUACCGAGAAAAUGCGUAAAGCGAUCGCUUUAUUGGAGGGCAGCAACCAGAGAAUGGAGAACAUGGGGAUUUCGAUGCAGCGUUCUCGACACUAUAAGCAACAGUUCCAGAUCAUUGCAGUUUGCAUUGUAUUAGUUUUAGGAUUCGUGAUAGUUAGUUGGAACACGCAGCUGAGACCGCAGCUACCGGUACACGUGAAGCUAAUCGCUGCAUUAGGCACGAAUUUUCCGGUGCUUCUAAUAGUGACGUCCGACGCUUCUUUCCUCUUCUGGAUCAAUUAUCUGCGGAUAAAGUUCAAUCAACUGAACAAUCUGCUGCACGUGAUGGUGACCACAACAAUCGAUUCACCAUCGGACAAAGAGAUUCCGAAGUUGAUCAACGAUUUCGAAGAGGAGACACCCGGCCAAGAAGGCGUCCGUAUUGUCAAUGGGAACGCGAACACGAUGAAGGCGGUAAAAGAAAUUCAUCUGCAAUUGGUCAAGAUCGCCAGAAUAGUUAACGACUUCUACGGAAUGCAGCUUCUACUGACGAUGUCCACCACUUUCGUUUUCCUCACUGUACUGCUGUUCUGCGCCUACAUAACUAUUUUCGCCGGUUUGACCAUCGAACAUUUCCAAAACCAGUUAAUAAUGCUGUUCGUCUGGAUAUUGUUCAACUUGUCGAAACUGUUCACACUAAGCCACGUGUGCAUCAAGACCAGCACCGAGGCUUCGGACACUGGCGAACUUGUCUGUCAGCUUUACGAGCCCUCGACGAGCAAAGAAUUCCGCGCCGAGAUUCGGGACUUCAGCCUGCAGAUGGUCCAGAAUCCGUUGGUUUUUACCGCUUGCGGAUUUUUCUAUUUGGACGAGUCGUUCGUUCAAGGGGUAAUAGGCACGAUCAGCACCUAUUUAGUGAUCUUGAUUCAAGUGAGCGAAGUCAAUUUGCCCGAGAAAAUUGUUGGAAAUACGACCGUGCCUACGAAUGUUAUACAAAUGAUGUAA